CCGUGCCCUUCAACAUCCAGUGCAUCACGAUCAUCAAUUUUACAUGUUACUUCAACCAUCUGGUGUCGAAGUCCCGGGAGCUCGCACAAGUCAUCUGCUCACAGCAGGAAGAAGAAGAAGAAGAAGAGGAAGAGGAAGAGAGAAAUCACAAGCGCAACGUGACAGGCAGACUCUAGUGGUAAUGGUGGCGUGCACUUCCCGGCGCACGAUAGCGCCCCUUCCGUCCGUCUUUCCUUUUGUCCGUUUCGCAAAAUACACCAAAGCCUUCAUAAUUAUUAGCUAAGCUUGGGUGAUUGAUUAUCAGGAAGUUAUUAAAAAUCUCGAUUUGUUUCUAUAAUGGUGGAAUAGCGAGCGAUUUGUUUGUAACUGGCGUUGCAAUGAGGAGCGGAGCAGCGGCGGCGGCGAUUUUGGUGGUGGCGUUGGCUUUGGACUUGUCAGCGAGGUUUUGUUCCGGCGCUAACGUGACGUACGAUCAUCGAGGUCUGAUUAUCGAUGGCAGGAGGAAACUGCUCGUUUCAGGCUCGAUUCACUAUAUGCGCAGCACUCCGGAGAUGUGGCCAGAUUUGAUUAGCAAAUCGAAGGCCGGAGGCUUGGAUGUUAUCCAGACAUUUGUAUUCUGGAAUUUGCACGAACCAGUUCGAGGCCAGUAUGACUUUGAAGGAAGAAAAGAUUUGGUGAAAUUUGUGAAGGUAGCUUGGGAGGCUGGCCUUCUAGUUCAUCUUCGAAUCGGUCCUUACGCUUGCGCCGAGUGGAAUUACGGUGGAUUUCCUCUCUGGUUGCAUUUUAUACCCGGAAUCGUGCUUCGAACUGAUAACAAGCCUUUCAAGGUUGAAAUGAAACGAUUUACGGCCAAGAUUGUGGAGAUGAUGAAGCAAGAAAAUCUAUAUGCAUCCCAAGGAGGACCUAUAAUUCUGUCACAGGUGGAAAAUGAAUAUGGAAAUAUUGACUCUGCAUAUGGUAAAGGCGCGAAAGCUUACAUAAACUGGGCGGCAUUGAUGGCUACGUCGCUGGACACAGGAGUGCCGUGGAUAAUGUGCCAGCAAGACGAUGCCCCUGAUCCAAUAAUAAAUACUUGCAAUGGGUUUUAUUGCGACCAAUUCACCCCAAAUUCUGAUAAGAAGCCGAAAAUGUGGACAGAGAAUUGGAGUGGAUGGUUCUCUUCUUUCGGCGAUCCUGUGACCUACAGACCUGCUGAAGAUGUUGCUUUCUCGACUGCACGGUUUUACCAGCUCGGUGGAACAUUCCUAAACUAUUACAUGUAUCAUGGUGGGACAAACUUCGGUCGAACUGCUGGAGGACCGUUUAUUACAACGAGCUAUGAUUACGAUGCGCCAAUAGACGAGUAUGGCCUUCUGAGGCAGCCAAAAUGGGGGCACUUGAAAGAUGUGCACGCGGCUAUAAAGCGAUGUGAAGAUGCUUUAGUAGCGACGGAUCCAAAAACUACUUCUCUCGGAUCGAAUUUGGAGGCUACUGUUUAUAAAACAGAAUCUGGAAAAUGUGCUGCCUUUCUUGCCAAUGUGGAUGCAGAGUCUGAUGCAACUGUAAACUUCAACGGUAAUUCAUAUCACUUGCCCGCUUGGUCUGUCAGCAUUCUGCCGGACUGCAAGACCGUAGCGCACAACACGGCGAAAAUUAACUCUGUCGCGACCGUUUCGAAAUUUGUUCGUCAGUUGUCGAGAGAUGAUUCUGCUGCUGCUGCUGCUGCUGCUGCUGAUGCAUUCAUCUCGGGGUGGAGUUGGAUUUAUGAACCUAUCGGCAUAUCCAGCAACGGCGCAUUCGCGAAACGCGAGUUGCUUGAACAAAUAAACACGACUGCCGAUCAGAGUGAUUAUCUGUGGUAUUCUCUGAGCAUCGAAUUGAAAGAAGACGACAAAAACAUUGUACUCCACGUCGAUUCCCUUGGCCAUGUUCUUUAUGCUUUCAUCAAUGGUGAACUUGCAGCUGCUGGGAAAGGAAGCCACAGCAAUCCGAAUGUAUCGAUGGAUGUUCCUUUCAGCGUCUUACCUGGUAAAAACAAGAUCGAUCUUUUGAGUUUGACAGUCGGGCUACAGAAUUACGGCGCAUACUAUGACUUACAAGGUGCAGGAGUUACCGGUCCCGUGCUCUUAAAAGGCUUGGAAAACAGAUCAACGAUCGAUCUCUCCUCGCAGCAGUGGACAUAUCAGAUUGGCUUGAGAGGCGAAGAGCUUCGCUUGUUCGAUGGAGGUUCCUCUCUUUGGGCGUCACAUCCUACGUUGCCUAAGAAUCGACCAUUAGUGUGGUACAAGACAACGUUCGAUGCCCCGUCUGGAACCAGUCCAGUCGCGAUAGACUUCACCGGAAUGGGGAAGGGUCAGGCGUGGAUAAACGGGGAAAGCAUUGGGCGCUACUGGCCAACGUACACAUCCCCAAACAACGGCUGCACAGACUCGUGCAAUUACAGAGGACCUUUUAGCGCGAGCAAAUGCACGAAGGGAUGUGGCGAGCCAACUCAGAAAUACUAUCACGUCCCUCGCGCGUGGCUGCAGCCAACCGACAACGUAAUAGUGCUGUUCGAGGAAACCGGAGGCGACCCGAUGCAGAUAUCGUUUGCGACGAAAGUCGCGCAGAGUGUGUGCUCUCGUAUCUCGGAGACUCACCCGAGUCCCGUGGAGAUGUCGUCGGGUUCGGGGCCUACUCUGUUGCUCAGCUGCCCGUCUCCGAAUCAGGUUAUAUCCGAAAUCAAAUUCGCCAGCUUCGGAACCCCGCGGGGAUCGUGCGGAGAUUUUCACCAAGGUCGAUGUGGCGGCAGCGGCGACGAUCUCGCCGUCGUGCAGAAGGCUUGUGUAGGAUUGAGCAGGUGCAAUGUCUCAGUUUCGACGGAUUUGUUUGGCGAACCUUGCAAAGGGACGACGAAAAGCUUAGCUGUUGAAGCUUCCUGUGCAUAUGGUAAGGGCAGUUAACUUUACCUAUAAAUUAUAUGUAGAAUCAAUAUAUUAUAUUAAUAUAAUAUAAAUAAUUAUGUAACAGAA